AUGGAUUGUAGUUCUCAAAUUAACGAAUGCAAUCCCAGCUCGAGCUACAUCCCAGCAACUCCCGAAAACACGAGGCCCAUCAGCUUCAAGUGGGCUCGGGCUUGCUCGACCUACACUUUAUCUGGCCCUGUCGCGACGCAUCGCGGUGGGGGCAAAUUUUCCUAUCGUCCUGUGAUUGGGGACGUGUGCCUAAGUCCCAAUACUGGUCGCUACUGGUUUCAAUUGCGGGUUAACACGUCUGAUUGUCGAAUAGGGUUUUGUACCCUAUCCACUUAUCCGGAUAAUCGCUCCCUUGAGGAAUGUGAGUUAGGUGCUUUGCCCGUGUCCAAUCGUAGAAGGAAACCGAUCCGAAGGCUUAUCUUUAAAAACGGUGAGUCUGCUGCCUUAAAUAAAACCAAAACAGACGACCAUCCAGACGCAAACAUUGUAGCCUAUGUAGACAUGCAGACAUCCAACGUCUAUGUGAACGGUGAGAAGAAGAAGCAACUGUGGCGUAUGCUCAUUGCAGGAGGCGGGGGCCUUUUCUCAUUUGUCGUGGAUACUAAGACCGGUGUGAUUCAGCUUUUUGUUAAUGGAAAAUACGUUGGCAUGGCUUUUGAUGGCCGUUCAAAACUUAAGGGUAAGAAGAUAGUGCCAUGUGUGGGUAUCGGUGGCUUUGACAUGUCUAAUGCGAGCAUGGGUAUACGUAAACUUAGCGCAAUCAUCAGCCCAGCGUGUCCGUUCAACGCACUUUACUAA